GGUAUCAGACCACCACGCGAUGACACCAACGUUAUUAUGCAAAAUGUUCGCAAUGGACAACAACCUAACGUAACACGAGUCGAAAAGGGAGCCAUAAAAAUGGCGCAAAUAAGCAAGAAAAUGAAGACCAAGCGGGCCCAUCUGGUAGACACGAAGAAGAUGGAGGCCCAGAAGUCCCGCGAGGAGGAGCUGGAGGAGAUCUGCGUGGUUGGCUACCAGUGUAAGCUCUUCCGUGAUGACGAGCGCGCCUUGGCAAUCGAUCGCGGGGAACAUCUGAUCCCGUGGAUGGGCGAUACAUCGCUGAUGAUUGACCGAUAUGACUGCCGGGGUCAUCUGCCGAGUCUUUCCGAGCAUCAGUCAGGUUGGGUGGACAGCCGACGUCCGAUGCUGACCGCCGAAGAGGAGAGGAUCGAGGCGCUGUGUGAUGAGGAGCGCUACAUGGCACUGCACAAAGACAUGAUGGAGGAAGAACAGCGACAAGAGGAAGAGAUAAAGAGGUUCAACAUGGCAAUCGCUUCGUCGGACAGCUCCUUCAACGAGGUGGCGUUUUCCUAUGAUGAAGGCAAGGACGAGUAUGAUCCCAUGAGACCAACAGAAGAUGAGGAGCAGUUUCCCAAGACUCCACCCAAGUGUAAAUCACCGGAGCCUGAAGAACCUUUCAUUGCUCCAGCUGAGAUGAACAUUCCCAUGGGAGUGGAAAUGCCGGGGACCAAAAAGACCCACAAGUUCAUGGAGAAGACAGCCCGAUUCAUCCUGCGUCAGGGGGCCCAGAUGGAGAUCAUCCUCAAGACUAAGCAGGCCAACAAUCCCCAGUUUGACUUCCUCCACUUUGACCACUACCUCAACCCUUACUACAAACACCUGCUCAAGCUCAUCAAGAGUGGCAGGUACAAGGGACUUCCUGAAGAUCAGGAGGAGGAUAACCACAAGAAACAGGGUGGGAACAACAGGGUAAGGAAGCACAGUAACCAUAGCAGCAGUGGUGGAGAUGACGACGAUGACGACGAUGAUGAUAAUGAUAACAGUGGUUACUUACACCCCAGCCUCCUGGGCAGGUCGAGGCCAAAGCCCACACCUAUGCAGGCAGGGACAACAACCAUCCAGACAUCUACCUCUGUCCCACUGGCUUCCUCUUACCAUCAUCCCCCGAUGGAUUUCAGUAAGCCGCCCCCUGUCAUGGGGUACCACGACUCCAACAUCCUGCCGCCCGCUGUUGACCCUUCGUUUGUGACUCCCUCGGGAUACUAUGACCAGUCGGGGGUCUACCCAAUGUUCCAGCCUCCACCUCCGCCCCCUCCCUCCGAUGCAGGGGCAGCCUUAUCACUACCAACAGUGCCACCACCCCACUUCUCAGGGGUUGACCCUGCCUACGUCCUACCUAAUCCCCCUCCAAGCAUCCACCCCGGGCUUGGUCACCCCACCCUGGGUCUGGAUCCUAGCGUACAUGUACUACCUCUCCAAGAAUCGCCGUCAGUGCCCCCGACUGCUGCCGGGCCGAUGGGCUCGAUACCUUCGGCUGACAUUAGUGAGGCUGAAGUUCCAGGGGUCAUUCCGCCACCGCCAGACAUUCAACCCAUCAUUGACAAGCUGGCAAAGUUUGUGGCCAAGAACGGUAUGGACUUUGAGGCUAGCGUGCGGAGCAAGUCGGACCCCCGCUUUGACUUCCUCCUACCCUGGCACAAGUACAACGCCUACUAUGUGCAGAAGAAGAACAUUUUUGUCAAGGAGAUGGGGGGCAAGACGGAGGAGGAGUCUGGGGAGAGCAAGGAGGAGAAGAUGAAGAAAGUUGCAGUGAGUUUUUCCAUCAAACCGAAGAUGUCCAAAGAAGAGCGCCCUCUGGAGAGGAAAAGUGCCCUGCCCAUCGAGAGCAGCGACUCUGAAGAGGAAGAGGAGAAGCCACCGCCCAGGCUCCCUCCUCCGGAAAGCCUCGUCGACUUCGUUAGGACUGCCAUGCCCCCGCAGCUGGCUCGGCCGAUCAGAGCUGGACCCGAAGAUCGCGACCUUCGAAGGGAGGUCAGAGGGGACGACCCCGAGGUCCAGAGGUUGUGGAGCGAUUUCCCUGGCCAGCCGCCUUUUAACCCUGCCUUCCGGGGCCAGCAGUUCCCCGACAGAACUAACUUGCCCCCACAUGAGGGACCGUAUCAGGAGAGUGCCUAUCGGGAACCAGCUUACAGAGAACCGCCCUCUCUUGAAUACUCUGAGCAUUCGGAUCCAUCCACGGAGCGGGACGGGGUACGAUCGAAGGGGCCACAUGACAGAGGACGAAUGAGUGAGGAGGAAUGGCAAAUGAAACAAGCCAAGAUGCGGCUCGAAGAUCGGCUAGCCUCAGCGGCACGGGAAAAAUUGGCAUCUGCCUCCAAAGAACGCAUCCAGCAGAUGGAGCGACGGAAGAAAGCAGCAGUUUUUCUGAGCAUGAUCAAGGACCGCCCCCAGGCUGGUGCGGCUGCAGAACUAGACAGCAUGGAAACAGCACCUACUGCAGAACCAAACAACAUUCCAAUGGAAACGGUCAGUCCAGCCGAGAAGCAACGAAAGACCGACUCGAAAGGGGAACGGAAGAAGCACAAGAAGCACAAGCACCGACACGGGGGCAGCCGCCGUAGCCCCUCCCCGGACAAGAAGCACAAGACCCCACCCAGGUCCUACCAGGAUGCCUACCGACUCGCCCGGGAAGGCAACGGCAAGCUGCGAUCCAGGUCCACCUCACCAGGGGGCAGGUUGCGACCCGCAAUCCCACCAAAGUCUUACCAGACUACCAGAAAGCGAUCACCAAAGCGAAGAAGGAGAUCUCGGUCAAGGUCAAACUCUCCUGUCCAACCUCUUCGGACAGACUUAGCACCACGGCGAUCCAGUAAUCUUGGAGUCACCAGUCUUCCAACCAAGUCACGGUCACUGUCCCCAGAAAACGGACGAGAUGUAACGCACAUGUCCGUCACGCCUUUGAUCCUGGAUGCUGCCCCUCCCCCUCCUGGUGUCCCACCGCCCCCUCCGUCUGCCACAAGUGCAAACCCACUGCGGGAUGAUGGCAGUAUUUCAAAUUUGUCAAGGGACCCUCCAAAAGAGAUGUCAGAGGAAAACAGAUCUUCAGCGACAGCACCAAUGACAGCAGAUAUGAGCUUUCAAGAUACGUUCCGGGCCAAAAUCCGUGCAAUGCUAGCUGCCACCAGAACAUUUGAGCCCAGCUAGCAGUUGGAGGGGCAGCCAGCCGACGAGGGUUGUGAAAGGUUAGAAGGUUAGAGGUCAACAGACAUGCAGAAGGAAAUCUAGGAUCAGACUCUCUCAGGAAUUCAUCCCCAGAAUAAAUGUGUGUGAAUCAUCCGAAAAAAAUUGAAGUAUGGCUAAAAUUCUUUUCACUAAUACUUUUUUCUUUGCCUUUGUUUCAAAACUAUGAAAUAGUUUAAUUGGCAACAGGUAAAAAGCAAAUUUUGUUCGCUGCAAGGGAAAGUUGCAUUUUUUUGGCAGAAAGUUUGGUUGAGGUAAAUUAGCUGGUAACCGGUGAAAAGCCACUGCUUAAGUGUUCUGUAUUUUUCCUGGUAAUCAGAAUUGAGAAUCUUUACCAGAAGUAAUGGCUUGCUGCAGGUAUUGGGUAUUGUAGUUGAAAGGCCAUUGUUAGCGGGAGAAAUAAUUUGUUCACAUUUCUAUGAAGUCUGAUUCAUAAUGGUAACUAUGUUCAGUUUGUAACCUGUGCUUACAACUGGAACUUUUAGAGUGUUUUAUUUCUAAACGCAGUAUCUGCUUCAACAGUGUGUGCAUUAAAUGCACUGAAAUGAUUUUUUCCCAGGGAAAAAUCACUGUUACUAUUGAGAGUAAUAAGCAUUAGUCAUAAAUUUAUGUGAACCUGUGGGAAACACCUGCUGUUUUGUUUCUCCAGCAAUAGUACAAUAAAACUAAAUUUACUGCUUUCAGUUGAACGGUUUUUGCUACACUUACAUGCUGUUUCUCCUGGAAUUUCAACUUAUUACAUGUAUGUGAGAGUUCCAAUCUGGCAAGUGCUUUGAAACAAAGACAAGACUGGUUCGAGGAAUGCAUAGGUGAUAUUGUCCCACAGUUACUUGAAUAUUGGUGUUUAUAUUGAAAAGUUGCUUGUUUUUCAGAAAACUUACACAGUAAAGCCAACUGCAAGAUAAAUGUUGUACUGUGAAGGAGCUGUGGCACCGGACUUGUGCUCAAGCUUUAUAAUGUUUACAGUAGUCAGGUCCAUUCGAUAAUCCACUGUUUGUAGUGAUUGAAUGUAUAGGACACAGGCAGUUUUGUCUGUUGCAGAAGGGAAGAACUCAGUUCAUCAAGUCUGCAAACUGUUCAUAAAAUUACAGAUCAUUCCAAUUUUAUAAAAUUCUUCUGAAGAACUUCUAUUAGCAUUGAAAGUUUGUGGGCGUGGAAUUUUUAUUUUCUUUGUAAGUAAAGUUCCUCUUUUAUUGCUCUUUGUUUCCUUUUGAUAUUUUUGUACGCGUCCUCGUGGAGUUGCUCAUAGUUUGUUGCUUCCUAAGUAACAACCUCUUUGGGUACUUUUGAUCCAUUAACCAUUUGCUUUUAGGCAAGAAUUUGCUUAAAAUACUGAUCAUGGUAACCUCUGGAUAAUCCUGGAGAUAAAUGUAUUUUUCCAAAAUUGCAAAUGGAAAUAACCUGCUUCAGAAAUGGCACAUUGAUCACAGAAUGCAAUUACCUGAAGAUUGAUCUUUUGACCUUUUAUCCUCAUAGCUGGUUGCUGGGCAUGUGACCUUAUAUUAGCCAAUUGUCAAAGUUGGUCAAAGCCUGUGAUUCUCAUGUCUUUGACUCUAAUAGUGCUUUCUGUCUCUUGAUGUGAAACACUUGUAUUAGGUACGAAGCUGUGCUGUUAACGUUGCAAGUGUCUGAGCAUAGAGUCUGAGUGAAGCGAACUCAGAAAUCAAUGUCAUGUCAACUUUGACAUUUUUUAAAUCACAAAAACAUGUUUGUAAAUUGAUCACAAAGGCAUGCCAAAACUGCUCACACAAUUCACUUGAAAAUUGCCUAGGUUUUUGUCAGAAUUUGACAGGUCAAUCUUUGGUUGGAAAUGGAUGGCUUUGUUCAUGGUGUCUUUUGGCUUUGAAUAAUUCUGGAAAAGUUACGGGAUUUUCAAUUAAUUUCAGGCUUGAAAAAGAAAGCGGUCAAUUUCUAAACAGUCUUCAAAAAAAAAAAAAUCAAAAAGUGUGUGAAUGUAUCACCUGAAUAGUGGCCAGUCCUUUCUUAAAUGUUGAUUGUGAACAGUGGAAAUUCUUAAUCAGAAAUAACAGAUCUGAAGCUUUGAGAUCUUUAAAAUCAUACAAAGUCAAGCUGAUUCGUAAAUAUUCAUUGUAGAUGUUGCAAAGCAAGAAAAAGCAUGAUAUUUGAAAUGACAGAUAUUAGUUUUUCUUUAAGAAUGAAACUUCACGUGUAAAAGAAUGCCCAACUGUUGCAGUUGUUGCAAUAUAUGAAAGAGUUUGUUUCGACGGUUUUGAAUGAGGAAAUUUCCAAAAUUGUUUUCAUAAACUAGGAAGUUGGAAAACGGGGCAAAAGUUGCUUGAAGUGGAUUUGAAAAAAAAUGCAUGAAAGAGAAAGUUGCAUUUUGCAAUAAGACAGAAGAGGAAAAGAAUUGGUUAGAUUUAUCCAACAGUCAGUUUAUUUCAAGGAAAGUAUCCUGAGGAAAAGUAAAAGUUCAGUAGGAGCUUAUAAAUAUUGCAUGAAAAUGGGAAGAGAACUCAUGUUACGGAGUUUGCUAUGCCUGUGGAACCUGGAGUUAUGACUGCAGGGAAUGGACAAGGAUUUUAUGGAUUUUUUUUUUAAAGAAUUCUUUGGGGGAGUUAUUCUUGUCUGGAUACAGUGAUUCUUGAUUUUUGGGAAAUGGGGAGAGAAUUCAUGGUAUGGAGUUUGCUAUGCCUGUGGAACCUGGAGUUGUGACUGCAGGGAAUUGACAAGGAUUUUAUGGAAUUUUUUUUUUUUUCAGAAUUCUUUGGGGAGUUGUUCUUGUCUGGAUACAAUGAUUCUUGAUUUUCGGAAAUCUGAGGCAUUGAGAACAUUGUUUGACUAAGGGUUCGAUCGAAAGGAGACCUCUGCAGAUAAAUCGUCUGGCAAUUAUUUCUCUCUAUUAACAAUAGCCUAUUGCUUGUGACUUGUUAUGUUGUUAACCACCAUGGUUCCUUUCAGAGAGGCAGAUGUAAAGAGAAAUGGGAAAUGAUUGUGAUGAGAUGGCUGUAUUGCCAUUGUCUCUCAAAAGUGUAUAUUCCAAGGAAGUUGCACAAAAUAAUUUUGCAACUUUCUGUUCCGUGUUUGUCCUGGGUCUGUCCCCGGUGUUUAGGAGGUAGAGAUCUUUGAAACAGCUAAGUCAGUUGCUUGUAGCAGAAACAGAAAUACCUGUUGCCAGAAAGAAAUGUUGCCAUAGAGGCGUGAUGCAAGACCAUGUGCUUCAGCUCAAGAAAUUUUCAUCAUUCUUGAGAUAAAGUUGAAUCAAAGAAAUCAGUCAUUUAGUUGUCUUUUUUGGGGUAUGUCAUGAUUUCUUCCGUGUUUUCAGUUAGGCAAUAAAGCUUGUAUGCAUUGGAACGACUUGAAAUACUAAUGUAAAAGAAAAAUGGUGAAUGGAAGUUUGGCAUUCGUUGGUUAUUUUUGAGAAACUUUUGCCUACGGUGACAUUGAAGAAUCUUAAACCUAUGUGCAUUUCAUCAGUAUGUGGUGUGCAUAUGUACAUGUAUCCACUUUUUCUGAGUAAUUGAAGAUAGUGUUUAUGGUGUUUGAAAUUGUAGGAAUGUUCUUUACACUCUGAAAUUAUUGGAUCAAUUCUUGAAGGAAUCAGACAAAUUGCUUCACUGGAUUCACUGUGAAUUUAUUACUGAAUACCUUUGUUACGGGACAGAUAUCUUUGUUUUUAAAGUAGGAAAACUCAGGUUUAAAAACAAUAAUAAAAAGAACGUGUGUGAAAGAAAAUUAAGUAUUUUGUCUUGUCUUGUCUUAUUUAAAUUUGAAAGAAAAGUGAACUCCAUUGAAGAAUUUUCUCUGGUUAUCCCGAGAGAUCGAUCAAAGUAAAGAAAAUUGUACUUGUUGCCUUGGACAUGGAAAUACCGGGGACAUUAUGUCAUGUAUCUGCUUAGCCAGAAAAUAAUUACUAAGCAAAAACAGCAUGAAACUCAUCACAAGCAAUACACCUGACAUUGAGCUGUCUUUUUCCCCCCCUCUGUUCGCGAGUGCACUUGGCGGUUAUAUGAAAUUGGUCAACCUUUACUGUGGAUUAUUAAACUAUGGAUGAAAAUAGAUGAAUUGUAAAAAGAGAAGGUAGUGUACAUUGUUUUGACAGAUUUGUUCUUGUGGCUAAGUACACAGCUGUGGUGAACUGUUAAAAUGAAACUGAUUGGAUGUGAAUGGGGCUUUCCUGUAAUCUGUCCUGCAUAUUACACUAAAAAACAGAAGACAGGAGGGUAGGAUAUGAAGGGCCAGGAGGACUAUCCAUGGAAGCCAACAAUUCUGAUAUGGCUGUGUUGUUACAACAACUCUCUGCUGGCAAGAGAUGAAAGAUUCCACCUCGGUGCAUAAAAACAGUGUAGAAAUCAGUUUCACAAACCUGCCAAGUGCUAGAAUUAAACAUUCGCUUAACCAAAAUUGUUUACCGUCCAAAAUGCCUUUUAGUAUGUAUUUGCUUGUGGCUGGUUCUCUGCCUAUUCUUGCUUAGCAUGUAAACUUGCUCAGCAAGAUUGUCUGCCUAGCAGCUCUGUGACAUUUAACUUGGUUACCAGACCAAAUAUUGUAAUGCUUGAUGCUUGUCACAAGUCCCUCACCAUUUUCGAGCAGUAACUUGGCUAUUUUUUUAUAGCAAUUCUAUGAAAUCAGACAGGUUGGUUUGGUUUGUGCACGCACUCUGCAGAUGGAAUAUAUAUAUUAAACCAAACUUCGCUUUGUUUAAAAAAAA